UUUUUUUUUUUUUCUUUCCUUACACACCAAACACGGAAACUCACCCUCUUUCUCUUCUCGUGUCUGUCCGAUCUGACUCACUAUUCUAACUCGUUCUCUCUCUUCAAUCCCCUCAACUCAGUUAUGAAGCUGUAGUUUUCCUCUCCACGAAAGCUUCGUUUAUUCGAGGGCUAGGGUUUACGCAUCGAAGCAAAGCCCAAGUUGGGAGUUUUUUUUCCUUUCCUUUUUUGGUCGAUUCUUAUGGUUCGAUAUUUUGGGAUGUUCUACUAAGUGGUGGGUCUGUGAAUUUAGCUGAAAUGGUGCCCGUUUUAUAUGGGUUACGGGGUUUUUCGAGUGUGUCAAUGGUUGCUUGGUGGAUAGGGAGUAAUUAGGGUUUCGUUCUUAUUAUUGAAAUCUAGGAUGUUUUGAAUUUCUUUUUGUUCAUUUUCGUAGCUGGGAGUAGAAAAAAUUAAGGGUUAUGUUGGGAAAUUUUGGAAAUUUAGGGGGUUGUCCUGGGAGCUAUGGGAGCAUGUUGAAUUUGUACCGAGGAUUUGAAGUUGUUUGCUUUAGGGUUUAUUUUUGAUUAGGAGGAUAAUUUUAAGAUUAGAUAAUAGGUUUUUCUUACAUUUAGGGGUGGGGAAGUUUGUGUGAAAAAGUAGGGAUCGUAUUGGGAGAAAAAAAUGUUUUAUUCACAGUUUAUAUUGGCGAAGAAAGGUCCCUUGGGUACGAUAUGGAUAGCAGCUCAUCUGGAGAGGAAGCUCCGUAAGAAUCAGGUGGCUGAUACUGACAUCGGUGUAUCUGUUGACUCUAUUCUGUUUCCUGAUGUACCGAUUGCACUACGAUUGUCAAGUCAUCUUCUUCUCGGAGUGGUGAGGAUAUAUUCUAGAAAGGUGAAUUACCUUUUUGAUGAUUGCAGUGAAGCCUUGCUUAAGAUAAAGCAGGCUUUUCGCUCCACUGCGGUUGAUUUGCCACCGGAAGAAUCAACUGCGCCUUACCAUUCAAUCACUUUGCCAGAGACUUUUGAUCUUGAUGACUUUGAGCUGCCUGAUAAUGAGAUCUUUCAGGGUAACUAUGUUGAUCAUCAUGUUAGCUCAAGAGAGCAGAUUACGCUUCAAGAUACCAUGGACGGUGUUGUUUACUCCACAUCACAAUUUGGAUUGGAUGAACGUUUUGGUGAUGGUGACACUUCUCAGAUUGGUCUGCUUGAUGAGGAGCUUGUCCUAGAUAGGGUUGCAUCAUCCAAACAUGCUGGAGUGUCAGAAUAUGAUCCCCAAGGGUCAGAUGUACCACAAGAGCAAGUCCCAAGUAAUUCAGAAGCUAUGCCAAUGGAUUGCAGUGGGGAUCAGGUAGAAGAUCUCGCUGCAAAUUCUGAAUUUAUUGAUUAUGAACAAGAUCCAGGUACUCCUGGAUUAGUGGAGGUGCCUAACUUGUCUGGUGUUCAUGAGGAACUGACAGGUGGUGAUCAUGCAGAACCAGAACAUGACAAUCUUACAGAAUUGGCCAACUCAAAGUGUGUAGAAAAUGCUUCUAAUAAAUCAAAUCUUCACCAUGAAGAUAACAAUCCAUUGGAUCAGUCAUUGGAAAAUGAAAUAAAUCAUGAUGCUGUUGUUAUCGAGCCUCCUGAGAACGAUUGCCGUAUUAGUGACAUGGAGAAAGAACAAACUAAACCGCAUGAAAGUUCUCUCCCUGAUGCUGUGUCUGUGGAGUGUGCAUCUGCUGUUGGGACUGUCAGAGGACCUGAUGGUUUGGAUAGGGUGGAAGAGAUGCAUAAUGGCGGUAUGCACUCAAUUGAUAGAACUGACAGGGAAUGUGCAGAAUCUCCUAGCUGCUCCAAUGUCACCUUUGAUUUGGAUGAACCUGCUCGAAGAACAAGUUCAAAUAGCAACUGUGUGCCCGUGUCAGAUGGCAAUUUGGAAAAUGAUCAAGCAUUACAAAAAUUUGAAUUUGGGAAUGAAGCGGAAGCCACCUGUAAUUUGGAAGAAUCACAUGGCAAAGCAAUAGCUUCAAAUCCUUCCUGUCCAUUGGAAUCACCUAGUAGGCCAACAGUAAUUGAUGGAGAAGCUCAAGCUUUUCAAGAACCGAAUGUCUCUGAAAAUCUUAAAGAAACUGGUAUUCAUGAAGAGGUCUCGUCUGUUCAAUUUCUUGGGAGCAAUAAUUUGGCUGCUGCUGAGCAGAACUCUGUGGAUAUGUCCCAAAGGGAGGAGGAAGUUCAUGCUUCUGGAGCUCCAAUUGAGGUGCAAGGUGAAGUCUGCCAAACUCAGAUGUUGGAACCUGCUUUUUGUGGUCAUCAGUUGGAAAAUUCAAAUAGUUGUUCUAUGUCUGACUUGCCUGCACCUGAAAGGUUACUCUCUGCACCGGAAGAACUGCUUGAUAAACCAAGUGAUUUGCUGGUUGAGUCUACCCCAGACAAAGAGGUCCUAGCAGGGAAUGAUGAAAUUGAUGCUGGAACGAAACUCAUUUCAGGAAAAAAGCGAAGUUUAACUGAAAGUACACUGACUGUAGAGAGUAUAAACUCAGUUGAAUCAUUUGGCAGGCCCCAAUCCAUGAGAACUGCAGAAUCAGUUCCUGAUGAUGAUGACUUGUUGUCUUCUAUUUUAGUUGGGAGAAAAUCUUCAGUUUUUAAAAUGAAGCCAACUCCUCAGUUUGAAGUUGCAUCAAGGAAACGCACACGAUCUGCAGCAAAACCUAGUGCCACCAAGAGAAAAGUUCUUAUGGAUGAUACUAUGGUUUUACAUGGCGAUACAAUACGUCAGCAGUUGGUUAAUACUGAAGACAUACGUCGUAUUCGCAAGAAAGCACCUUGCACGCGCACUGAAAUUUCAUUGAUUCAGAGACGAUUCUUGGAAGAUGAAAUCUUUAGUGAAUCUGUACUUACUGGUAUGUCGGAUGACUUGACACGUUUGCACAGUGAACAAUAUGAUCUAAGCAGUAUCAGGAUUUCUGAAGGUGAUGAAAACCACGCAUCAAAUGAAGUAGCUAAGGAUUCAGGGUGCUCUGUCAGACCUGAUAUUGCUGAAGGUGGAUUUGAAGGGAGCUCUGUGCCUUUAAUUAAUGGCAAUGAUGAGCAAGUACAGUCUGUUGGUACUACUGUUCACACCAAAACUCAGCAGGGUGAAUACAGUGAUCUGAAUGAGGGUACUACUGUUCACACUGAAACUCGGCAGGGUGAACACAGUGAUCUGAAUUCUCAACAGGAUAGAAAUCCUGUCGAUGGGAUCACAGAAAUGGAAAUUGACAGAGAUAAUGCUGAAGCUGUUAAUGCAUCAAAUCACUUUGUUCUAAAUGAGUUUGGGGUGUCAUCCCCAACUAAUCUUGGUACUGAGUUUUUGUUGGAAGAAAGUAAAGCCAAUACAUCAGCUGAUGGUAGUAUAGCAGAAUGCUUUGCACCUAUUGAAAAUGGGACUAAUUCUCUUGUCACUUUACAAACUGGUGAGUCUGUGAAUGGUUCUGAAAAUGCAUAUGAAGCUGAAAAUGAUAAGGUUGAUGUGAUAGAUGAGGCUCAAGUUGAGGUUGCACUCUUGGAUCAUGAUGACAAGGACCCUAUCCGUAAGGAUAUUGAAGAAUGUAGAAUGGAUUCUACAUAUUCAGAAAAUGUUGAUGUGGUUCUGAACAAUGCUUCAUUAAAUACGGGAGAAACCUCAACCUUUCAGGAAGUUGAUGCAGUCAAUAAAGAAAUGACCUCUCUUGUGGAUAAUCAAGCUGAGUUUGAGGAUGUUGCCAUUGGAAAUGAUACAGAAUUCCUGAAUGUAGAUGAUGAUGAGCUAGGUGAAGAUGAUGAUAAUGGCAUGCCGGGCGGUGAUGAAAGUCGUCUUCUUGACAAUAGUGGAUGGUCUUCUCGUACCAGGGCUGUUGCCAAGUAUCUCCAGAAUUUAUUCGAGGAUGAAGCUGUACAUGGACGUAAGGCACUUUCUAUGGACAGUCUAUUGGCUCGUAAAACACGUAAAGAAGCAUCGAGGAUGUUUUUCGAAACACUGGUUCUUAAGACAAAAGAUUACAUCCAUGUAGAACAGGGGAAACCCUUCGAUGAUAUCUGUAUAAAGCCUCGAUUGAAGCUCUUAAAAUCAGAUUUCUGAUCCCUUUGCAUAGGAAAAAUAGCAGAUACGGUGGAAAUUGCCUUGUUGGUGUUGCUUUCAUGCUCAGCCUGCGGUGCUGAUUAUUUUGUUUCAAUCAAAAUGUUUGGUUAUAUUUUUAUUAUAUAAAAAAGAUGUUGAUUAGCAAAUGAAAUUUAAAUAGCUUAACAGUGGGGAGGGAUGUCACACGUCAUCUUUCAUGUUUGAUUGUAACGAGUAGGUAGGACAGUUGGACGGUAGUUAUGUGUGUGUAUGUAUAUAUAUUUAUAUAUGUAAAAUAUCUCAAUUUGCAAAUGAAGAUGCUAAUUUAUUUA